CCUCGUAAUCUCUGGUGUAUGGCUGUAAAAAAAUUAUCAGCCUUUCUUCGCAUGUGAGUUGGCCGGUGUCGAGGUUAUUGAAUUAUAAUCGAGGGACAUCCGAAUUUCUUUAAUAUUAGUUGACUUGUAAGAAUAAUAAUAUGCCUCCCAAAUUCGAUCCUAGCGAAGUCAAGAAAGUGUUUCUUCGAUGUGUCGGAGGUGAGGUCGGAGCUACAUCUUCUCUUGCCCCGAAAAUUGGUCCACUUGGUCUUUCGCCUAAGAAAGUGGGAGAUGAUAUUGCUAAAGCAACGAGCGACUGGAAGGGCUUGAAAAUUACUGUACAACUCACAAUUCAAAAUAGGCAAGCCACGAUAUCCGUUGUACCAUCUGGUGCGUCGCUUAUUAUCAAAGCUCUUAAGGAGCCUCCUAGAGAUCGCAAGAAAGUUAAAAAUAUUAAGCAUAGCGGUAACUUAUCGUUCGAUGAGAUCUUAUCUAUCGCCCGUGCAAUGAGGCCUCGAUCUAUGUCACGCAAACUUAGCGGUACUGUAAAAGAAAUUCUUGGUACCGCUCAAUCCGUGGGAUGUACAGUUGAAGGUAGACCACCUCACGAUGUCAUUGAAGGAGUGGAUAAUGGAGAAUACAAAGUACCAGAGGAAUAAAUGGUUUGUUCAGGGUCUGUGGCUCAUUCUUUUAAUU